GCGGCAUUAGGAGCUGGAAUUGUGGUCACCCUUAUCUUAAUGCAAGCUUUGAUAAAGCAGAGGAGCGUACACUUCGAUGGCGAAGUGAAAAUCGAGGGACUCGUCUCUUCGAGAAGAUACACCUACAAAGACAUCAAGAGGAUGACCAACUCUUUCGAAGAAAAGUUAGGCCAGGGAGGCUAUGGCUGUGUGUACAAAGGCAAGCUUGGAGACUGUCAACUGGUGGCGGUGGAGAUUCUAAAGAAACUAAAAGGCGAUGCAGAAGAAUUUUUCAAUGAAGUUGCGAGCAUAAGCAGGACUUCUCAUGUCAAUGUUGUUAGCCUUCUGGGGUUCUGUUUUGAGGGAAGCAAAAGAGCUUCGGUUUAUGAGUUCAUGCCCAACGGAUCACUCGAGAAGUUCAUAUUCAACAGGAGUAACACUUUGGAGGUAGACCGGCAAUUGAGUUGGGACACAUUGUACCAAAUUUCCCUUGGCAUAGCUCAUGGGCUAGAGUACUUGCAUAGAGGCUGCAACACGAGGAUCUUGCAUUUUGACAUAAAGCCUCACAACAUUCUCCUCGAUGCAAACUAUUGUCCCAAGAUUUUCGACUUUGGUCUUGCCAAAAUAUGCUCGAGACAAGAGAGCAUUGUGUCAAUGCUAGGUGCCCGAGGUACCCCUGGUUACAUUGCUCCGGAGCUGUUCAUGAGGAACAUUGGAGGGGUUUCUCACAAAUCAGAUGUCUAUAGCUGCGGUAUGAUGGUUUUGGAGAUGGUUAGCAGGAGGAAAAGCAUUGAAGUCACGGUAGGUCGUACCAGCGAAACUUACUUCCCUCAUUGGGUCCACCGACAGUUGGAGCUCCGACAAGAGCUUGGGCUGCACGGAAUCACAAAUGAGGAGGACGAAGCAAUUGCAAAGAAGAUGAUUGUAAUUGGUUUAUGCUGCAUUCAAAUCGAUCCAAGAGCUCGACCAUGUAUGACCCAAGUUGUGGAGAUGCUAAAAGGAAGUGUUGACACCUUGCAAUUUCCUCCCAAACCAUUGUUGUCAUCACCCUCAAGAUCGCUCGCGGCUUGUCCAUGUGAAAGUUCGUCUCUGCAAGAGAAUAAUGACUCGAGUUGGGGUUAUUCAAUAUCAAUUAUAAGAGACCGACUUAGUUUGUCACAGACUAUUUGA